GGAAGCGGGAGGAGGGUCCCGGAGCCCGGGUCCCAUUCGCGGGCGCUCUGAGCCUGCGUCCGCGGAGGGGGAGGGCUGGCCCGGCCCGGCCGGAGUGGCGGCGGCGCUCCCGGCGCGCAGCACACACCACCGUCCGGGGAGCGGAGGCGCGCGGAGCUGCCGGAAGUGUCUGCGGGCCGGAGGGAACUUUCCUGCUCCCGCCGCGGCCCGGAGCCCGCCGCCUGGGUGCCGCAGCGACCAUGCGCCGCCAGGGCGACACCCUGAGCGGACCCGCGCCUCGGCCCACCCCCGGCGCCUGCGCCCGCCUCGCCCCCAGGGCGGCCUGAGUCCCCCCGCGUCCGCGCGCCACGGGAGCCCGGCGCCGUCGGCGGGGCGCGCGGGGCCCGCUUCCUCUGCGCAGUCCCCUCGCGUCCCGGCGCGGCCCCCGCGAUCGCGCGUCGCAGCGCCGGCCACGGUCCCCGCCCGCCCGCGCCCCCGCUCGCGCCCUGACUGCCGGCCCCGACGGGACCCCGGCGGCCGCGGGCAGCGCCGGUGCCAUGGGGCUGCCGACGCUGGAGUUCAGCGAUUCCUACUUGGACAGCCCGGACUUCAGGGAGCGCCUGCAGUGUCACGAGAUCGAGCUGGAGCGAACCAACAAGUUCAUCAAGGAGCUGAUUAAGGACGGCUCCCUGCUCAUCGGGGCGCUGCGGAAUCUGUCUAUGGCAGUACAGAAAUUUUCCCAGUCAUUGCAAGACUUCCAAUUUGAAUGUAUUGGUGAUGCUGAAACAGAUGACGAAAUUAGUAUUGCUCAGUCACUAAAAGAAUUUGCAAGACUACUCAUCACAGUAGAAGAAGAAAGGAGAAGACUGAUUCAAAACGCUAAUGAUGUAUUAAUUGCGCCACUUGAGAAAUUUCGAAAAGAACAGAUAGGCGCAGCAAAAGAUGGGAAGAAGAAGUUUGACAAGGAGAGUGAAAAAUACUAUUCUAUUCUUGACAAACAUUUAAAUUUGUCUGCGAAGAAAAAGGAGUCUCAUUUGCAAGAGGCAGAUACACAAAUUGACCGAGAACAUCAAAACUUCUACGAAGCAUCGCUAGAAUAUGUCUUUAAAAUUCAAGAAGUUCAAGAAAAAAAGAAGUUUGAAUUUGUCGAACCACUUUUGUCAUUCCUUCAGGGUUUGUUUACUUUUUACCACGAGGGAUAUGAACUCGCCCAGGAAUUUGCACCAUAUAAACAACAGCUGCAGUUCAACUUGCAGAAUACAAGGAAUAAUUUUGAAAGUACUCGACAAGAGGUAGAGCGGUUGAUGCAAAGGAUGAAAUCUGCCAACCAAGAUUACAGACCACCCAGCCAGUGGACGAUGGAAGGCUACCUUUACGUCCAGGAGAAACGACCACUUGGUUUUACAUGGAUUAAACAUUAUUGUACGUACGAUAAAGGAAGCAAAACAUUUACAAUGAGUGUUUCAGAAAUGAAAUCCAGUGGGAAAAUGAACGGCCUUGUCACCAGCUCGCCAGAAAUGUUUAAAUUAAAAUCUUGUAUCCGACGAAAGACAGAUUCAAUUGACAAACGAUUCUGCUUUGACAUAGAAGUAGUUGAAAGGCAUGGGAUCAUCACAUUGCAGGCCUUUUCAGAAGCUAACCGGAAACUCUGGCUCGAAGCCAUGGAUGGGAAAGAACCAAUUUAUACCCUGCCUGCCAUUAUGAGCAAGAAAGAAGAAAUGUACUUAAAUGAAGCAGGGUUCAACUUUGUGAGAAAAUGCAUUCAAGCUGUGGAAACAAGAGGCAUCACAAUUUUAGGCCUCUACCGAAUAGGAGGAGUGAACUCCAAAGUUCAGAAACUCAUGAACACCACAUUUUCUCCCAAAUCCCCUCCUGAUAUGGACAUUGAUAUUGAACUAUGGGAUAAUAAGACAAUAACAAGUGGACUGAAAAACUACCUCAGGUGCCUUGCAGAACCACUAAUGACCUACAAGUUGCACAAAGAUUUUAUUCUUGCUGUUAAAUCUGAUGACCAAAACUACCGGGUGGAGGCUGUACAUGCACUGGUACACAAAUUACCAGAGAAAAACCGAGAGAUGCUGGACAUCUUAAUAAAGCACCUGGUCAAAGUAUCACUACAUAGCCAACAAAAUCUCAUGACUGUCUCAAACCUCGGUGUCAUAUUUGGCCCAACUCUCAUGAGAGCACAGGAAGAAACUGUGGCUGCUAUGAUGAAUAUUAAGUUUCAGAAUAUUGUGGUUGAAAUUCUGAUAGAGCACUAUGAAAAGAUUUUUCACACCGCCCCAGACCCAAGCAUCCCUCUUCCUCAGCCUCAGUCGCGGUCUGGAUCCCGAAGGACACGUGCAAUCUGCCUCUCCACAGGCUCCCGGAAGCCCAGAGGGAGGUACACUCCGUGCUUGGCAGAACCUGACAGCGACUCCUACAGCAGCAGCCCAGCCAGCACACCCAUGGGGAGCAUUGAGUCCCUCUCCUCUCACUCCUCUGAACAAAACAGCACGACAAAGUCCGCCUCCUGCCAGCCCAGGGAGAAGUCCGGAGGGAUUCCCUGGAUUGCAUCCCCGUCACCGUCCAAUGGACAGAAAAGUCUUGGUCUCUGGACAACUAGUCCUGAAUCCAGUUCUAGAGAAGAUGCAACCAAAACGGAUGCAGAAUCAGAUUGCCAGAGCGUGGCCUCCGUCACCAGCCCAGGGGACGUUUCUCCACGCAUAGACCUGGCCAAGAAAGGGUCUCAUGGGACUUCAGGACAGAAAAGAGCCUCAGCUACCUUCCUCAGGUCCCUCGCUGCAGCUGAAGGAAACAAGAGCUAUAGCGGUUCCACUCAAAGCUUAACUUCCAUAGGUUCCAAAGAGAUGCCUAAAGCCCCACCAAACCCAGACCUGCCUCCAAAAAUGUGCAGGAGGUUAAGGCUAGACACUGCCUCGAGCAACGGCUACCAGCGACCGGGCUCCAUUGUGGCAGCGAAAGCCCAACUGUUUGAAAAUGUUGGUUCAGUUAAGCCAGUUUCUUCUGGGCGCCAAGCCAAAGCCAUGUACUCCUGUCAAGCAGAGCACAGCCACGAGCUCUCCUUCCCACAGGGGGCGCUCUUUUCUAAUGUGUACCCAUCAGUGGAACCAGGAUGGUUGAAGGCAACUUAUGAAGGCAAAACAGGACUAGUCCCAGAAAAUUAUGUUGUCUUCCUCUAAUACUAUUUAGUGGAUGGCAGUAUCUUCAUGGUAUCCAUGGUAACAAGUAAUACGUGCUAUGAUUUUAUCUGACACAGAUAUGGCAAUCAGCCCACUAAAUGAAAACAGACAAUUUCUAUCAAGUCCUACACCAGCAGACUAUGUAGCUCCCUAUUAAUGGAAAAGGAAAAAAAACGUUUGAAUUGUUUGCCAUUCUUUUUAUUUUUUUUACCCGUUUCUUGUCUUAAAAUAUCUUUCUUUUUGAUAAGUAAGUUUCCACAAUGACUCCAUAACAAUUGAGAAUCUCAAAUACUGUAUAAGCACUAUAUCCCAGAAAUUUGAAAACUAGAAAUUUGAUAUAAGGAUUUUGGGAUCUGCCCUUCACUGUCUGGCAUUCUCUGGGAAACCGUGGAAUUGUUACUUAAAAAUGUAAUGUAAACUGUUCGUUUAUGAUUUUUUCUUUAAAAAAUAUACUGCUUUUAUAUAUGAUUGUUUUGCUGGUCCUAAACAUUUCAAGGAAAUAAGUUUUUUCUUCAUCUAACUUUAUUUUUGUUUACCAAGGAAGAUGAUAAUACUCAAAAGCAAUGAUGUACAUAAUGCCUGUAAAUGAAGCCAAAAUAAGUCAUACACUGAGUCCACUGGAUACACUCCAUCCCGCAUCCAGACGCCUCCCAUAGGCUUUGAGUAGGGACCAGCGAACUAUUUCUGUGAAGGCCUGAUAGUGAAUAUCGUGUCCUUUGCAAGCCCUAUAGUCUCCAUCAUACUACGUAACUGCCAUCAUAGCAGAAAGCAGCCACAGACAAUAAGGAAAAAGAUCGGGGAGGCUGUGAGCCAACUCAACUUUAUAUAUGGACCCACCCUGAAACUUGAAGAUCACAUAACUAUCUUGACACGAAAUAGUCCUCUGUGACCAUUUUCAGCUGCUGGAUCAUACAAAAACAGGCAGCAGGUCCAGUGUUACUCAUGGAUCGUGGUUUGCUGAGCCCUGGUUUAGAGGAUGUGUAAAACUACCUUUAUUACUUAGGGAUUUCUAUGAAAUUUUACUACAUUACAUACAAAUACUGAUAAAUUAUAUGCACAUAAUAGCAUCACAAAAGCAUCACAAAAGCAUAAUUACCGUCUGAGGAAAACAAUGUAAAAGUGUAGCUGUACAACUUAAAUUCUACUUGUAAUGUUAACGUGUCAAAGAAUUCUGUUGAUACCUAAUUUUGGCUGAUGAGAAAUUCUCUCAUCAAAUGAUCAAGAAAUUUUUAAAAUACUAGUAGAGAAGCUAUGCCUUCUAAAGUCUGUGCUUAGUUGAAACCAUGUAAGCAUAAAGGUACAGGACUCUUAAAUUAUUUUGAACCACCACAUUUUUAAAGGUUUUAUCAUUUUUAGCAGGAAUAAAAUGUGUACAUGAUUUUUUAAAAUGCCAUUUAAUUUACAGUCUUUAUUAGGAAUUUCACUGAAUUUAUAGAGCAUAGACAUUUACUACCCAUUUAUAUAUGCCGUCAACAGCUGGUCACGCAUUUCUGUUAUUUCAAUAAUUCUAUUUCAGUAAUUCUAAUAUAUUAUUUCUAUAAAUAUUUGCAUGUGGCAAAGAGCCUUUCUUCUCAAGAUUUCAAAAAGCUGGUUACCUGUCAUUUAACUGCCACAGCGCAGGCCCACUGGACUGUAUUUUACUUGUUACUUUAGAGUUCCCCACUGUACAGGCACUCAGGUAUUGACUGUAUAAAACUCUUCUUAUGUGAUAUUA